UCGAAAAUAACGUUGUAUCAGAAAGUAUGUCAUCGGUAGAACACGACGCUGCCGACAAAGUGAAACAUGCAACUUUCUGUCCUACACAGCCAGACACGGUCCUUCGUGCCGCUCAGCCGAAUGUGAGACCCACAGUGCAGACUAUUACAGAAGAUGAUUUCACGGUGUGGGACGAUUCUAUGGACCGGACAACGACGUUUCCGUCUGUAACAACUGGAACAACAACUGGCAAGUUUAUUCAUACAAUCAAGAACCUAUUAGCUAAAAAAGCAGGUGAAGCCAAACAAAAAGGACAUAUCGUUAUCAGUCAGGUUAUCAACAGAUUAACUAUUUCAAAACAGCCAAAAGCACCCAAUUCAACCGAACAAAACGACGUCGAUACAGACGUCCUUUGUGGUGCGACUGGUCAACCGGAAGCGCUUCUGCAAGAAACUGACCCGCUGGAUUUGCACCAACAGUAGCAACAGUUAUUCGAUAAAAGCGUACCAAACGAGGAAUAUUAUUCUUAAAAUCGACCCCAACGAAGUCACUAUCGUUCGUUGUGCAAAAAGAAGAUUGCAAGUUGCCUUAAAUGUCAGAGUAUUACUAGCAUGAAGCUCCUCAACUUCCAGAAGAACUACAUCAUUUAACAACUUGAGGCACUGAAAAGGGUGUGCCGCUUUCUAAACUGCGUGGUGAUAAUUACUUAUAGAAUUACGCAGGAAACUUUUUCGAAUCUUGAAGAAAAACAAGCUUGCACAGUUAGAUAAUUGACAAUAAGAAGUUGGAUUCCUUUUCACAUGUUAGUGGGAUACCUGAUGCCUUGCGAGUAGUCCCAGGUGGCGGCGUAUAUUUUUCUACAACCUAUAUAUAUCGAUAGGUAAUAAUUGAUGUAUGGUAAUCCAAUCCAUUUACCUGA